AUGAAGGUGUCCGUAUCUCUGAAUAAUUCUGAAAAAAAUUUAUGGGAUCCUUUGAGAAGUCCAUCGGUGGCAACUAUUUCGCCGGCGGGGAUACAGAGUAGAGCCUUGCCUAGGCUAAUGGUAUGGCUGAUUGUGUUUGUCUCCGCUACCUAUUUAGUGUACUCACUGAAGCUGCUUUCCUCUUCUCACGGUUGUAACGAAGAUAUUUUCACUCUCCGACACAAUAGCAUAAAAUUGGUUUCGAUCCAAAAUACCACAAUCUAUCCUCUGCAAAUGGGCAUAAAAUCAGAAAAACGUGUUGAAAAAACCAGAGUGCAACACAUAGUUUUCGGCAUUGGGGCUUCGGCCAAGCUGUGGGAAAAGCGGAAGGAGUACAUAAAGUUAUGGUGGAAGCCCGAAAUGAGGGGCAUAGUUUGGCUCGACAACCGUUUGAAAAAAUACCCCAAUCAGAGUGAGAGCCUCCCAGAACUGAGAAUAUCGGCCAACACUUCGCGUUUUCCUUACAAGAACAAGCAGGGACACCGGUCUGCCAUUCGGAUUUCUCGAAUUGUAUCGGAGACAUUAAAAUUGGGAAUGAAGAAUGUGAGAUGGUUCGUAAUGGGAGAUGAUGAUACUGUAUUUGUGACUGAUAAUUUGGUCAGGAUUUUGAACAAAUAUGAUCAUAAUCAGUAUUACUACAUUGGGAGUUUGAGUGAGAGCCAUUUGCAGAACAUUUAUUUCUCUUAUGGAAUGGCUUAUGGUGGUGGUGGAUUUGCCAUUAGCUACCCUUUAGCUAAGGCUCUUGAGAAAAUGCAGGAUAGGUGCAUUCAGAGGUACCCUGGAUUGUAUGGUUCUGAUGAUAGAAUGCAGGCUUGUAUGGCUGAACUCGGUGUCCCACUCACCAAAGAACUCGGUUUUCACCAGUAUGAUGUGUAUGGGAACCUAUUUGGGCUCUUAGCCGCGCAUCCUGUCACCCCAUUGGUGUCGUUGCACCACCUCGACGUGGUGGAGCCGAUCUUUCCCAAUGUUACUCGAGUCCAAGCUCUCCAGCGGUUGGCAAUUCCAUUAAAACUCGAUUCAGCUGGUCUAAUGCAACAAUCUAUUUGCUAUGACAAGGUGAAUGGUUGGACCGUUUCGGUUUCUUGGGGCUUUGCCAUUCAAAUAUUUCGUGGGGUGUUGUCACCCCGGGAGAUAGAGAUGCCAUCGAGGACCUUCUUGAACUGGUAUAAAAGAGCAGAUUACACGGCUUAUGCAUUCAACACGAGGCCUGUUAUGAGAAACCCCUGCCAGAAGCCCUUUGUGUUUUAUUUCUUGAACGCGAGAAUGGAUUCUCGGACAAAUCAAACGGUGAGUGAGUACCGUCGGCAUAAUGUCCCUCAUCCGGUCUGCAAAUGGAAGAUGGCCAAUCCUUGUAAAGUUGAUCGAGUUGAGGUUUACAAGAAGCCUGACCCACAUCUCUGGGAUAGGUCUCCAAGAAGGAACUGUUGCCGAGUCAUGGAUUUGAAGAACAAAAGAAUGGCGAUCGAUGUGGGUGUAUGCAGGGAAGGUGAGAUCAGUGAAGUAGUAUGA